AUGGACGCUUUACACAGCGGUUUUAGAGCGUUACCGCUGUCAGUAUCGAUCCCUCUAUCCAUCGGUGCCAUCAUCGUCAUCGCCAUUGCCAGCAACGUAAUUGGCCAGCUAUGGUUCCCUGACCCUCACCGCCCCCCUGUGGUAUUCCACAUUUUCCCCUUCAUCGGCAGCACCGUCCAAUACGGUAUUGAUCCGUAUAAGUUCUUCUUCGACUGUCAGGCUCAGUACGGAGAUUGCUUUACGUUUAUUCUGCUCGGCAAACCCACGACUGUUUUUCUUGGGCCGAAGGGGAAUGAUUUUAUUCUCAAUGGAAAACAUGCCGAUCUCAACGCUGAGGAUGUUUAUGGGAAACUCACCACGCCGGUUUUUGGCAAGGAGGUGGUUUACGAUUGUCCGAAUUCGAAGUUCAUGGAUCAGAAGAGGCUUCUCAAACUUGGCCUUACCACAGAGUCUCUACGCUCAUACAUCCCCAAAUUCGUCAAAGAAGUAGAAGACUAUGUCAGCACCUCUCCAUACUUCAAAGGUGACACCGGAGUGGUAAACAUCACCGAGAUCAUGGCCGAAAUCACAAUUUACACAGCCGCAGGAUCUCUGCUUGGAAACGAAGUCCGCUCCAAGUUCGACAGCACCUUUGCCACUCUCUACCGCCAUCUAGACGACGGGUUCCAGCCUAUCAACUUCAUCCUCCCAGGCCUCCCCCUACCACAGAACUUCCGUCGUGAUCACGCCCGUAAGGUCAUGGAGGAGCUGUUCAGUGAUAUCAUCCGUCAACGUCGUGAGACGGGACAUCAGGGUGAUGAGACUGAUAUGGUUUGGACACUUAUGGAUGCGCAGUACAAGGAUGGCACGCCUCUUCCAGACCAUCAUGCUGCACGUAUGCUGAUCGCUAUUCUUAUGGGUGGUCAGCACAAUACUGCGGCGAGUGGUGCAUGGCUUAUUCUCAACCUUGCGCAUAAGCCCCAUCUGGUGCAAGAGCUGUAUGACGAGCAAAUCGAAGUGCUCGGCUCGAUUUCAGCGCCAUUGACUUGGGAGAACCUACAAAAGUUGACGCUCAACGGACAGGUUAUCAAGGAAACUCUGCGUCUUCACAGUCCCAUCCACUCUAUUCUUCGACAGGUCAAAUCUCCCAUGCCGGUACCUGGUACCAAGUGGGUAGUACCUCCAUCUCACACCUUGCUCGCCUCUCCCGGCACAAUGGCGCGAUCUGAAGAUUUCUUCCCCCGACCGUCAGAAUGGGAUCCUCAUCGCUGGGACAGAGUCGAGUCGCUUGAAAAGACUGCUGAAGAUGGACAAACAGUGGAUUACGGGUUCGGUGUGAUGAGCAAGUCUGUGAGCAGUCCUUAUCUGCCUUUCGGCGCUGGUAGACAUCGCUGCGUGGGCGAGAACUAUGCUUAUGCGCAGAUGGGUGCCAUCAUUGCGACUUUUGUGAGACUACUUCACAUUGAACAGCCUGACCCUAAGGCAGCGCUUCCAGCCCCAGACUAUUCUUCAAUGUUUUCUCGACCUAUGAACCCAGCGGAAAUUCGAUGGCGUCGUCGCGUAGUAGAAUAA